GCCAGUUCCCGUGGCUCCUGGUGGAACUCAGCAAAUCCGGAUCUGGUUCCGGCAAAUAUAAAAGGUUUGGUCCCAGGGUGAGAGCGCUACAUCCUAGAAGACUCGACCAGGGACUGCUUCCCUCCUGUCAGAGCUAGGCUGCUGCCGUGGCAUCGACAUGGCCCCCUCAGAAGACUCCAGGGACUGGAGAGCCAGCCUCAAAGACCCCAGCCUUGGGACACACUUAGAGACCAGCUCCGGCUGGAAGCCGGUGCGACCUCAGAAGGCCAUCCCCAAGGCUCACCUGACCUUCCUCAUCGACUGUGGCCUCGGAAAACAGCUCCCUCUGGCCACGCCUCCAGUGCCCCGCCGAGGCCCGAGGCCCCGACGAGGGCCUGCAGCCCCACCAGUGAAGACCUACAUCGUGUUCUGUGGGGGAAGCGAGCCUGGUGGGACUCAGUAUUUGUCCCCGGGUUGGAGACCCGUUGCGCAGGCCAGGGACACCCUGCCACCCUGCAGAGGGGUUGAGGCCCCAGCUUCCUCCCCAGUCGGCCCAUUCUGCCCUCAGGAGAGUCCAAAAGCCAAGGGGAGCCCCUCAAAGGCUGGGCCUGCCAGGUCUUCGACUUGGGGCACAGUCAAGGGCUCGCUCAAGGCCCUGUCUUCCUGUGUCUGCAGGCAGGCGGAUUAGCGGGAAGGGCCAGGCCACGCGAGGGGGGCUGCCAUUCUCAGGGCCCACCCUCGCUUCCCCAGUCAGGCCGGAGUCCUGUCCCUGAGCUGAUGCCCACCAGAGCCACGAAAGGACCCUGGAGACAGCCUUCAGGGGUCCUGCUCCCGGUCUCCGCCAGGCUUUCUGCAGCGCCUCCUGCUGGCCAGAAACUAAUCCAUUCCUGCGGUCAUCCUAACAGCAACCUCCCCAUGCCAGGCCCUGCGUGGUGCCAGGGAAGAUGCUUCAAGGUUCCCUUGGCAAAGGGAGAGCGGAGAGAAUGUAACCGAAUAAAGAAGAUGAGUGUGAGCAGUGAUGAACACGCUACAGGAACAAAGCAGACGCUGGCAGGGAACACGACUGGGGAAGCGCUUUUCUGAAACGGGGUCUGGGAAGGGCCCCUGUGAGCAGGAAGCAAUUGAAGGAUGACCUAAAAGAUGAGGGGCAGGUGUUCAGGGCAGCAAUCAAGAUUCCAUCUGGAGCCACCAGUUCAAGUCCCGGCUGCUCCACUUCCGAUCCAGCUCUCUGCUGUGGCCUGGGAAAGCAGUGGAAGAUGGCCCGAGUCCUUGAGCCCCUGCACCUGCAUGGGAGACCCAGAAGAAGCUCCUGGCUCCUGGUUUCAGAUCGGCCCAGCUCUGGCUGUUGUGGCCAUUUCGGGAGUGAACCAGCGGAUGGAGUACCCCCUCUCUGCCUUUCCUCUCUGUAACUCUGCUGCUCAAAUAAAUAAA